AUGGUUGGCUAUCUACGCCUAGAUGUGGAUGCUGACCGCUUCCGUGGGGGUAUUUCGAUAACCAAGACGAUGCCAUCCCUUGACAGGGCCUCGAUUCAUUUACGCUGCAACAAAUACUGUUUAUCCAAGCUUCGAAGUAGAUUUGAUGGGGAUCAAUCCGAGCUUCUUUUUAGUGUGUCUAACGCGACAAGUUUGGAGCUGUCAGGUGUUGGGACGACGGUGCUCGGUGAGGAACCCAAAUCCCUGGAAUUCCAGAACCUGAGGAACUUGCUGUUGGGCGACUGUGAUCUCAGUGAUGACUUCCGCGUAUUGCGGUUCUUUCAUCAGGGUUCGCCUAAUCUAGAGAAGGUCACUUUGCGGCACUGCAAGUUCCCAGGUGAUUCUGAGGACAAGGAAGGAACGCGCAAACUGGACAAGACCUCAUCUUCUGGUUGCUGCUGUGGCCUGGACUUCCUACGUGAUGAGAACGUCGAGCUUGAAAUCAUACAUAAAGAUGAUGAUGCCUGUCGAUCUGUUGACGAGCUUGUGCGUGACUUACCAAAUCUCAAAGGUACAACUGAUGCUGUUCCUGACGCUGCUGCUGCUACUGAAGAUUCGAUGCCUCAUUCAACUGGAGUUGGGCCUCGUCGGGGAACUCGGCGCAGGAGGACCAGCGUGCGCAUCUCAGGACCAGAAUGGGAAUGA